UGUGUGUGUGUGUGUGUGUGUGUGUGUGUGUGAAUAUAUGCCUUCCUGAUUUCUGUAUCACUUCUAAAUUGAUUAGCACUUAUGUCCUCAUUUACGACAACAUCUACUAAGACGAGGCACGGAGUAUUUAUAACAGCACACUUAAGUUAUCUUUUGUGAGAUUAGCCAAGUGUGUGUGUGUGUGUGUGUGUGUGUGUGUGUGUUUGUGUGAGUGCAUAUGAGAGAGGUUGAGGUUUAUAGCGCAAUAAGGAUGGAACAGUUAGCGAUGUACCACGGGGCAAUCAGUAAAGAGCAAGCUGAGAGAAUUUUGGGGGCGACCGGCCGAGACGGAAGCUUCCUGAUCAGAGACAGCGAGACCAUCCCAGGUUCCUACUGCAUCUGCGUCCUGUGUCAUCAGUUUGUGUACACCUACAGGCUCUUCCAUGUCGAGGGCAAAGUGUGGAAAAUGGAGGUGACGUCUGGGGUGAAAGAGCGACUCUUCCGAAAUGUCCAAAACCUUCUGGCUGUGUACAAGGAGCCGAACCAGGGCAUCACCAUGCCGCUGCUGUUUCCUGUGAAUAAUUAUCUUGAGCCAUGCACGAAACCUCGUCCUCUGCCCCGGAAACACAUCCCCCGUUAACACGUAAUCACAGAAACCCACGAUGAUCUGAUCAAUAACAUGUUUUGUUGUUUUAAAGAAAAUGCAUUUAUUUAUGAUUUAUUCACCGUAAAUGUAGAAAUCUCUCCACGUUACGUCACGAUCAAAUGUAAAACUUUUCCAAGGAGAAUUUCCUUUUUUUUUUUUUUUUUGGCAGCUAUUUAUUUUUUAAACUAUUUUCUACAAGUUUUGCUUUUAUUUAGAUUCCAUUUUUAAAUAAUUCUACGAGAGAAUAUUUUUCUUUGAUAAACUGUAUGUAAAAGCCAUCAUAAUAAACAUUAUAAAG